AUGGCAAAAUUUCUGGAACAUCACCGUCACGAGAGAGCAUCGCAUGCGAGCUCUCGCACCUCCGGCACCGGAGCCGUCUCGCCUCCGAGCCAGUGCAAAGUCCACAAGAUCAACUUCAGUGGCCUCGAGGAGGUGCAGGGCACCUUGGACGAGCGAAUCGCGGAGACGGAGCUCCACCUCGACCUUGGCAACACCAACGUCACAGACCUCAAAAUCUUCGAGAACACGAAGUUGACUCAUCUCUGCCUGCAGAACACCCAGGUGGCUGGCGACCUGAGCGCCUUCUCCCAAGCCACGAGGUUGAAAAGUCUCGCCCUGCAGAACACCCAAGUGACCGUGACCGGUGACUUGAGCGGCCUCCCUCAAAAAGCGUGGUUGAAACGUCUCAACCUGCGGAACACCACGGUGGCUGGGGACAUCUUCACGCUGCGCAAGUUGCCGGGGCUUAACAGCGCAGACUUGUCCCGGACCCAGGUGUCAGGGAAGCUUGACGAGGUUUCUUGGCUUGGUCAUUCCCAGCAGCUUCAGGCCUUGAACCUGGCGGAGACCAAGGUGGCCCUCGAUCCAACUUCCUACGACUACUUCUCUCGGUCCUGCGAAAAAGGAGAUAAUGACCACUGCUUUCUCCCAAAUUGGCCACCUUGGACCUGA